UCUCUGGUAAAAGUCAGCGUGACUCAGGAUGCUGCUACACACCUCGAUCAUUCUCUCAGUGCUGCUGCUCAUCAUCAGGUGACGUGAAGAUGGUUGGUGGGUUUAUGCAGUUGCUUCGUAAGAAGAAGGAGUUGAUUCCUCUGAUCGGGAUCAUGGGGUUCGCCGCGGCCGGAGCGACGUCAGCGUGCAUCUACUUCCUGUUUACUAAAACGGACGUGAUUCUGAACAAGAGCGAGAACCCUGAACCCUGGGAGAGACUCGACCCGUCCAAACCUCAAAAAUUGAUGACGAUUAAUCAGCAGUGGAAGCCGGUGGAGGAGCUGGAGAUAGUGAAGAAGCUGAUGAAGUGACUCCACACCUUCAUCCAUCUAUCACUUGUACUUUGGUCUGUCAUUGUGUUCCUUCGUGUUUCUCUGGGUUCCUCAGGGUUCCUCAGGGUUCCUCAGGGUUCCUCAGAGUUCCUCAGGGUUCCUCAGAGUUCCUCAGGGUUCCUCAGAGUUCCUCAGGGUUCCUCUGGGUUCCUCUGAGUUCCUCUGGGUUCCUCUGAGUUCCUCAGGGUUCCUCUGGGUUCCUCUGGGUUCCUCUGGGUUCCUCUGAGUUCCUUAUCUGCAGUACCACUGGAUGUGUAAUUAUGUGCAUUUAUAUAUUUAUAUUUUUGUUUGUAUAUCAGUGGAUGAAUAAACAGAUGACGUGA